AUGGCCACAGUGACUCAAACCGUAGAAUCCGCCAACGCUGAGGGCAAGCCCAUCAAGCUUGCUGUGGCAUACGAUGACAAAGUCCAUAAUGCAUCCAAAUAUGCCGCCUACCUGCCAGUCUAUGACACAACCACCAAGUUCCCAUAUACCGAGCUGUUUGACUUCAAAGACCGCGGAUUGGACGCGGAUCCUGCAAAACCGAGUCUCCUGCGCAAGGAUGACUCUAACUUGAAGGUCUCAAAGCUGACACCUCGCGUCGGCACUGAAAUCACAGGUCUUCAGCUGUCCCAGUUGACGGACGCUCAGAAGAAUGAACUUGCCUUGUUGAUAGCCGAACGUGGCGUUGUGGUGUUUCGAAAUCAAGACUUCAAGGAUAUUGGACCCGAGAAGCAGAAGGAGUUCGGCCAAUACUUUGGUCGUCUUCAUGUACACCCUACUGGUGCGCAUGUCAAGGACCACAUUGAGUUCCACUCAAUUUACCUUGGGAAGGAUAAUCUGUAUCGUCUGGGUCGCAGCACGAGUAAACUCACCACUACGGGUUACCACUCGGAUGUCUCAUAUGAACAUCAGACCCCAGGAAUCACGCUGCUCACUCUCCUCGAGGUCCCAGAGACUGGCGGCGACACUGGCUGGACCUCACAAGCAGCAGCCUAUGAUCGACUCUCGGAGCCUCUCAAAGUCUUUCUGGAGGGGCUUAGAGCCGAGCACAGUGGUUUCCAGCAGGCGGAGAACGCCCGCAGAGACGGCCACUUCGUCAGGCGUGAGCCGGUCAAGAGUUACCAUCCGAUUGUCCGAGUUCAUCCCGUCACAAAGCAGAAGGUCCUCUUUGUUAACCCGGGAUUCACUCGUCGCAUUGUUGGCCUGAAGGACGAGGAAUCGGAUGCGAUCUUGCAACUGCUGUUCAAGCAUAUUUCGCAGAGCCAAGACAUUCAGGCGCGCGUCAAGUGGGACGAUAAGACGGUUGCUCUGUGGGACAAUCGCGUUACGGCACACACCGCCAUCUCUGACUAUGAUGUGAGCGACGAAGGCGAAGGUCUGCGUCAAGGGUUCCGUAUUACGACUCUGGCUGAGGUGCCUGAAGGGGUGAAUGGUCUGAAGUCUCAAUGGGACUAG